GAGGUGGCGGGGAAGCCAUUCGACGAAGCCUCGAAGGAAGGGGUGCUCAAGCUCCUCAAGUAUGUCGGAGGAACCAACGACAAGGGGGUUGGAAUGGGCAUGACUGCUCUUUUUUUUGCUGAAGAUGGCUCCUUACAGCAGAAAGUGAAGGUCUCUCUGCGGAUCCCAAGCCAGUUUCAAGCCAACCCUCCUUGUCCUAGUGAUGAAAGCAUUAAGAUUGAAGAGAGACAGGGGAUGACCAUUUAUUCCACGCAGUUUGGUGGCUAUGCCAAAGAGGUGGAUUAUGUGAACUAUGCUGCCAAGCUGAAGUCUGCUCUGGGGAGUGAGGCUGCAUACCGCAAGGAUUUCUACUUCUGCAAUGGUUACGACCCCCCCAUGAAGCCUUAUGGGCGACGCAAUGAGGUCUGGUUUGUGAAAGAGUGAGCAUCUGGCUCCCAGUGGUGCUGGCUUGCACUGAUAGCCUCUCCACACUAUGUCCUAGUCCUCUUCAAAAUAAACUAACAAUUUGGCAGAGACAGAAAACCAUCCUUGUCCUCCCUCCACACCUAUGCUUUGGUCUUUUACAAACCAACCAUUUUAGAAGGACACUGCAGAGCUCUCUGACGAUCCUGCUCCUUCGUUCUGGACCAAGACCUCAACGACACAGGCUCUCAUGAUCUCUCGGUGGCUUGCUUUUAUCUCCCUCAUGCUCUCAGAGUUCAAUGCUGAGACAGCCAAAGUACUUAAUUAGCAAGACUGGUGCCUGACAGUAGUCACGUCCAAGUGCUGUCAGACUAUUAGUCUCAUCUG